AUGAAAUUCGUCCAGCUUCGUGUCUUCAGGUUUCAAAAGUUUUCGGAUAAUACAAUCACGAUGAGCAGAAGUUCAGAGGAUCUCGAAGCAGUAAAAUUAACAUCUGGAAGGGAGUUAUUUUACAUCAGUGAGUCCGCAGUGGAACGAAAUUUGAAGAAACGGGGCUAUAAAAAUAGUGAUGAGUUGAAAAAUAUUGCCCACUCGGACCUUGAACAAGGGAUAUAUGAAGGAGGUUUGAAGGUGUGGGAAGGUGCUAUUGACCUCUGUGAUUUUAUUGAUUCGUCUCCUGAUGAAGUCAUUUGUAUUGAUAAAAGCGUUCUGGAGAUAGGCUGCGGUGCGGCACUUCCAGCUAUCUUAGCACUUCAGAAAGGGGCGAAGUCUGCAGUGGUACAGGACUUUAACAAGUCAGUGAUUGAAUGUUUUACGAAGGACAAUUUUGUACCGAAUAAUGUUAAAGUUGAAAAAUGUGAUUUCUAUGCGGGUGAUUGGUCCGACUUUCAAAAACACCUAGAAGGUCGCAGGUUUGAUAUUAUUCUAUCGUCCGAAACGAUUUAUAACGAGCAGUUGUACGAACGUUUCCAUGAUCUACUUGAUGCAGCUUUAGAGCCUAAUGGCCUAGUAUUAAUCGCCGCAAAGUUAUACUAUUUUGGCGUUGGUGGUAAUGUGCCUUCGUUUAUUGAAUUUGUGAAAAGCAAAGGUAAAUUUAAUUCACUGAUUUUAUGGACUAGCGACAGCACAGUUCCGCGCAAAGUGAUUCAGCUUACUCGAAGGGAUCCUGCAGACUGUGUUUUUGCCGCUUCUCUUGAUCAGUAGUU